GGGAAGGAAGGCGCUUCAGCAGGAUGGCACGCACCAAGCAGACCGCGCGGAAGUCGACGGGAGGCAAGGCUCCACGCAAGCAGUUGGCCACGAAGGUGGCUCGCAAGAGUGCACCGGCCACUGGUGGCGUGAAGAAGCCGCACCGGUACCACCCUGGUACGGUGGCGCUGCGUGAGAUCCGCCGCUACCAGAAGUCGACAGAGCUGCUGAUCCGCAAGCUGCCGUUCCAGCGCUUGGUGCGUGAGAUCGCCCAGGACUUCAAGACGGACCUGCGCUUCCAGAGCUCUGCCGUGAUGGCGCUGCAGGAGGCCUGCGAGUCCUACCUCGUGGGGCUCUUUGAGGACACCAACCUGUGCGCCAUCCACGCCAAGCGGGUGACCAUCAUGCCGAAAGACAUCCAGCUGGCUCGUCGCAUCCGCGGAGAGCGGGCCUAGACCUCACAGGAUCCUCAUCCUUGCGCUGCCACCAACCCAAAGGCUCUUUUCAGAGCCACCCACUAAGUCUGAAAAAGUGGUUGUAACCUUCCAGAUCCAGUCUCGUGCGCCCUUGGUGUACGGAGAUCGGGCAGGUUGGCUGGGAAGCCGAGGGAACGUGCAGGGAUAGGACUAGUCAGGCUUAGCUGAGUAACCCUUACCCGUUAACCUGCUUGGUCUACAGUUCCAUCCCCGGUUUAACUAGGCCUUCACUUUAGAGGUGUAGUAGCCUGAACAUGGUAGCACAAGGUUGUAGUGGAAACUGAGUCCAGCUUCCGCAGGCGGCAAAUACAGUGCCACAACAUGGUGUGUGUUUGCAUGGUGUGCUGACUGGAAGUCUGCAUUAACUCAUCCAGGUGUGUUAGCUGUGCAUUAUUAGAAGUCCAGCAAACUGCGCUUUGGAUGACUUACCUGGUUUAAGAGGCUGGCUACUCCUCUGCGUCAAAAGUUAGCCUUUCAUCGGUGAUGGAAAGCACAGUGAACUUCGUGCUUUAUUAAACUCUAGUCUGUGUUAA